UGCCAUCAUAUUAUUAUAUCAGCACAAAACAAGCUGUCUACCACCUCAAAGAUACUGAAAUAUUUUCUGUCUGGCUUCUUCUUCAAUCACUGAAUCCAGUGGCAGCAAGGCAAACAGAGAACGAGAACAGAGAGAUGGAGAGCAUAGUGCACAGAACAGUGGAAGUAAAUGGCAUCAAGAUGCAUGUUGCAGAGAAAGGAGAAGGCCCCGUGGUUCUGUUCCUACACGGCUUCCCUGAACUCUGGUACUCCUGGCGCCACCAGAUUCUGUCUCUCAGCUCCCGGGGAUACCGUGCGGUGGCCCCUGAUCUCCGCGGCUACGGCGACACCGAAGCACCGUCUUCAGUGACCAGCUACACAUGCUUUCACCUUGUCGGUGACAUCAUUGCUCUCAUUGAUUCUCUAGGAGUUGACAAAGUAUACCUUGUCGGUCAUGAUUGGGGUGCUGUUCUUGGAUGGUAUGUCUGCUUGUUCCGACCAGACAGAAUCAAAGCCUAUGUUUGCCUCAGUGUUCCUAUCCGAGGCUUCCUCCGAAUUGAUUCGCCAGUGAAAACCGUGGAUGGUUUUCGUGCCGUGUAUGGAGAUGACUUCUAUGUGUGCAGAUUUCAGGAACCUGGAAAGAUGGAAGCUGAGUUUGCUGAAGUUGACACUGCGUAUCUGUUCAAGAACAUUCUCACUAUGCGAAAAACUGGUCCCCCAGUUUUCCCAAAAGGAGAGUAUGGAACUGGUUUUAAUCCGGAUGUGCCAGAGACCUUGCCAUCUUGGCUCUCAGAAGAAGAUCUUGAAUAUUUUGCUAGCAAAUUCAAGAAAACAGGAUUCUCUGGAGGGUUAAACUACUAUAGAAAUCUCAACUUGAAUUGGGAGCUCACAGCACCUUGGACUGGAGUAGGCAUUACCAAUGUGCCAGUAAAGUUCAUUGUAGGGGAUGUUGACAUAACAUACAAUUUCACAGGGAUGAAGGAUUAUAUCCACAAGGGUGGAUUCAAGAAAGAUGUGCCAACUUUGAAGGAAGUGGUUGUGCAGGAAGGGGUAGCACACUUCAUCAACCAAGAAGCAGCUGAGGAUGUGAGCAAUCACAUUUAUGACUUCAUUAAGAAGUUCUGAUCUGAGGCAUUUGAUUCCAAAUUAAGCUUGUUCUGGAGCCGCUCUCUCUGAAGUUUAGUUGAAUAAGACGGUGUUUUAUUGUUCAAGUUGCAAAGCUCAUUUGUUCUGAGCUUCAGUUUCACUUUCUUUCUUCUUAAUAAUAAUGUUCUCUCAAGAAUUCCUUUAGUAUAAUUAAGAUCCAGAUUGAUCGCAUCAAGCUGAGUUCAGUCUUUAGAGAUGGUAUGGGUGUAGUUGUCAUUUCUCAUUGUAUCUUAGCCUUUUUAUUGGCACCAUGCAAAUUAAUUAAUAAUUAGGAUACUGAUAUCAAUCUCGAUUACGUGACUA